AUGGGCUGCUGCAAGAAAUUUUGUUGCUGCUUGUGGUGCCCAUGCUGUUUUUGCCUAGGCACCCUCCGUGCCUUCGCCCUGCUGGGUGCCUUCCUGGCGCUUCUUGUGGCGCUGGCGCUGGGCCCAGUGCCUGUGGACAUCGCCGAUGACAUCGGUGACCUCUGCGAGGCAGUGGCCUGGUUCCGCGACACCGAGCUGUCCUACACCGUGGCCAGUACAGAGAACUUGCAGGCCUGGGCCGAGGGCUGUCACGCAGCCUUUCAUCAGCUCCAGCCUGAAGCCCAAGAGCUUCUGAGAAAUCUGCAGAAGACGGGGCGCCACCGAAGCGAGGAAGUGCUGAGGGAGCAUGGCAUCGAAGAACGCACCGAACUCUGGAAGUGGAAGACUAACCGCGCUGUUGACAAUGGGACGCUCAUCCCAGAGACUUCGCCCCCUUUUGUCGACUUGUCAGAGAUUCGUCAGGCCUUUCACGAUGCUCGCGUGGUCCGAUUUGAUGCCACCAAGUUGCUGCCGAAGCAUAUGUUCAAUGCGACGUUGCAAGACAUCGAAAGGCUGCAUCAGAAGACCAUUGAUGAGACCAUCCUGUAUGGUACACUUGGUGGGGGUGGCCUAUGCCGAAUGUUUCUCCUCAUGCCUGUGUCAAAUUUGUAUCCGCGAUUGGGUCGGACAAUGCUCUUCUCAGCUCUCAGACUGGGCUUGAUGGCCUUCCAACAGCUGGUCUGUCGAUUGAAGCCAUUGCCUUUUUGGAUCGAAAAUCCUGAGAGGCGGAAAUUCCUGGGCUCUGCCAACAUCAACUUGAAGCGGCUGCCGAACUUUGGUGGAACCUUGGACGUGCCUAGCAGGCUGGGCCUCAAGGAAGACGUCGCUGGGAUGUUGGCCUUGCUAUGGAUGGGGAUGGUGACUGAGGGCCCGGCCAGAAGCUCCUUUCACACAGAUGUGCAGGACAACAUCCUAAUGGAGCUGGUUUCUGAAACCGUUGUUAUGGUGGUUCCAAGGGAACUCUUUUGGCAGAAGCCGUCGAACGAGGAGGUCAGUGGCACCUACUUCAAGGUGAAUCUGAAACCUGGCGAGGGCAUCGUGAUCCCCAGCAACUACCUUCAUUCAGUUCAACAUCUGCAUGCGGACCGGCUUGGGGUGAACUUCUUUUUCGAGCCCCGCUUCGGAAGUAUGCAGUGGCCCAACAGUUCGGGGAACUUCUAUGCCGAAACCGCCAAAGAGAGAAAAGAACACUUGGCCAUGAGGUCGUUGUGGUUUCAAUCUGCCAACGAAGUUUGGAACAAAUUUGGAAAAGGUGUCCCUUUCCACGGCUGGAAGAUGGAAAUUCUAUGA